CGCAGCGCCGCCCCGCGGUCUCCCCGCCCGCCGCUCCGCUCCCGCCCGAGCGGCUCCGCGGCCUGAGGAGCGGCCCUUCUCCUGCCUUGCCGCCCUCGCCAUGACCGAGCAGGAGAAGGCAGAGUGGGAAAACCUAAACAGGAUAUUAAUGCGUCAUGGGUUGAAACCCGUGAGUCUUGCUGCUCCCCAAAGCUGCAGAGAUACAUCAGAUAUGAUUGUCCUAGACCACCAGUCUUCUCAGGGAAUAAGACUUGCAUUAAAAACGCUGGUGGAAGACACUGAGCGACAGCAGAAGGUGAUGCAGGGACUUAUGGAGGCAAAUCGAUGUCUUAGAGAUGUGGUACGACUGGAACAAGGUCGGGCAUCUCGGCAAGAGCAACGGGCUAAUGAUUUGGAAAUUGUGGUGAAAAACAUUAAGGCCAAAAUUUGUCAGCUGGAAGAUGAAACAAUAGCUAAAGCAUGCCAGCAACAGAACCAAGUCAAGGAGCUUCAAAAAGAGCAGCAGGCUUCACGGGUGAAAUACCAACAGCAGCAGGAAAAGCUGCAAGAACAGGAAGAGAUCAUUGCCCGCUUGCAGAAGGAGCUGAGCAGAGUUGGGAGGGAGGAGCAGCAGCGAGCUGACACUCAAAACAAAAUGUUUUGUCAGUUUUGCAAAAGAGCUCCCAAGUCUGUCCUGGAUCAGCGGUACCUUUGUCUAAUUGACUAUUAUGAAUCUCAAAUUAGUCAGAUUAAAAAGGAGCUGAGGCAAUAUAAAAAAGAUGAAGACGAGGUGCAGAGAGAAGUAAAAAACAAGGAAGAGUUCUUAAAUCUAGAUGCUACUCCUAAUUACAAAGCACUGCUCAUGUCUUUCCAGAAGCAACUUACUGAAACAAAAGCCAAGAAUGAACAGCUUUUGCUUGAAAAUAUAAGUCUCAAGAAAAACUUGGAAAUAAGCAGGCCAACUGCACAGGAAUUAAAAUUUUACAAGCAUCAAGUGAAGAAACUACAGAAAGCUUUAAAGAAAACUGACCAAUUUUCAGGGAGUAGGACUGGAGAAAAAAAAGAAGAAAAUAAAGACUCUGGGAGAGUUGCAAGAGUGGAUCAGCUGCAGGCAGCUUGCCAGCAAUACUUGCAGGUUUUGUCCCAUAUUGAUUCUAUUUUGCAAAGCCCAAGAGCUCCUCCAUUAAUAUUCAGGCCCAGCAAAGGGCCAAUGCAAAAUUACACUAAAGAGAAUGGACAGGGAUGUGGAUUUGAGCACCUUCCACUCACUGUAGAAAUGUGGGCAGAUCAGCUCAUAGCCCUCAAGGAUUUGCAUAGGUCCUUGAGAAAACUGUCUCUGGAAUUGCUGCCUUGGAACACUAAAGAUCCACAGGAUCACAGAGAAUCCAUACGAGUUGAAGACCUCCAGUUGAUAGUAGAUGCAAUUUUGGAAGAACUAGAACAUAAGGAAAAGAACAGCCAGACACAGUCCUUGCAAACCCUGUCUGCCAUAGUCUGUCACUUCCAGAAGUUGUUUGAUGUGAAUUCUGUGAAUGGUGUUUAUCCACGGAUGAACGAGGUGUACAUAAAGCUGGGGGAAAUGACCAACGCCAUGAGGAACCUGCAUGAGCUCCUGGAACUAGACAGUUCAGCUCCACCCACUGUGGUAGUGGAUACUGUUGGGAAACUGUGUGACAUCAUUAAUAAGAACGUGACUGAGCAGGUACAGCAGCUUCUGGGCACCCAAGACAUCCACAGUAUCAUCACUAAGCUUGAAGAACAUGAGUGCUUCUUUCCACCUUUUCAAGCUCUCAUUCAAGAUUUGUUGUGUCUUCUAGAGAUCAGUAACGUGGAUGAUAUUUUACCUGCAGUGCAAAACCUGAAAUGGGGAGCUGGUUCUGGGUGACUCUGCUCUUCCUGAGCAAGAUUUCUCUUACCUGUGAAUGUACCUCUUGGUGCACAUGCAGCUACCUCCUAAGCAAUAAUUCCAGAUUUAUUUUUUUUUACAUAAAUAAAAGU